AUGGUUGCGUUGUACUCCUGGUCUUCUAAAAGGAGUUAUAAAAACGGAUUCGUCUGGCACGAUUUACCAAAGAAUGGUUUUAUUUACCCGGCGCACAACCAGAUGUAUAUUCUAAAAGGAUCGGAACUCUUUGACGUCCCCGGUGGUGAUGCUCAGUUCGGCUCCAAAUCCGAUGAAAAUGUUUCAUACAUCUCGAAAAGAUCAUCGUCUUUCGGAACAUUAAAAUCCAUCAUCGAGUUUGAUUUCUCAGUCGAUAAUUGGUUUCGACGGUCAAAGAAAGAAAAGUCAAAAUUGAUUUGCAGAUUUUGGUAG